AUGUCUUUUCCCACUACACAAACAGCGCUCGCCCUGACGGGAAAGCGCAAGCCGCUCAUCACCACAACUACACAGGUCUUCGCUCCCGAGGAAAACGAAGUCCUCAUUAAUGUAAAGUGGACUACAUCGACGCCACUCGAUCUGCAUCAAGCAGAUGGCGGGCUCCUCAUCGCUGCAUACCCACGUCUCUCGCAUGGCGGCGGCGCGGCGGGUGUUGUUGUCGCGGUUGGCACAGGUGAUGUCAAGGGUCUUGCUGUUGGAGAUGCCGUGUCUACCUUUGCAUGGCACGGCGGAAAGGAGGCCAAUCAUCAGGAAUACAUCACUGUCCCUGCCGACCUGGUCUCCAAGAUCCCGCAGGGCAUCAGCCUCACGGACGCCGUCACCGUCUCCGUCAACCUCGUCACAGCCAUCCACACCAUCACCAAAGACCUCGAGCUCGAGCUGCCGUGGCCGCGUCCUGCAGACUGGACACCACUUCAUUCUCAAGACCCCAUUCUAAUCUGGGGAGCAAGCUCAAGUGUUGGCUUCUACCUGAUCCAAGUGCUCAAGCACUGGGGCUACAGCAACGUCUUGGCCGUAGCUAGCGGUAGACACAGAGAGGCACUGCUUGCGCUGGGCGCUAAGCAAGUCUUUGACUAUACGAAGCCUGGCGCAGUGGAAGAUAUCAAUAACGCUGCUCCGUAUAUUCCCUAUAUUGUCGACUGCAUUGGCUCCGUCGAGGGCACGCUGAAGCCGUUGACCAAGAUUGCUAAAAAGGACACAAAGGUGGCUGUUAUGCUUCCAGCUAUUCUUCAGCACGCAUCGAGUAGCGAAGCACCAGAAUACGAAAUGGACAUUGCCAAGGUUCUUCCUGAGGCAUGGGCCGAGGGUGUUGUAAGAAGAGGCGUGCGCACACACUUUUACACUGAUAAUGCCUUCUUCAAAGACAAGAUGCAAUCAGAGAUUGUACCGACACUACUGGCACAGGGCGUUGUUAAGCCCAACAAAGUCCGCAUUGUCGAGGGAAACACCAUGCUGGAGCGCGGAGAAAAAGCGCUGGCAUUACUGAGAAACCAGGCUGUCAGUGGCGAGAAGCUGGUUUGGAAAGUAUCCGAAGAGUAG